AGAAGAAUAUCAGUGUUCAAGAUGGCGGCGGGGAUAGCCUGAAGUUUAUGAAUGCUAGUUAAUGAUGGAGGGUGAGGUGAGCCUGGUGGCAGGCCGCAGUCAGAGAGAGAAGAGGAGAUCUUACAAGGACCUCCUGCGAGAAGAGGAGAUCAUCGAUGCUGAAGUUCGCAAGUCCUCAAAGAAGCGUCCCAAGGAGUCAGACGGGUUUGUAGUGAGCACCGAGUUUCACAAGAAGAAAAAGAAGCAUCAUGAUGAUUAUCAUUACAAAGAUCACCACAAAAAGAAAAAAAGGCCGUCAGACAGCCAUGCGAGCUCCUCAGCCCCUUCCAGUUCCCCCCAUGAUGGCAUGACUGCCAUGGGUCUGCUCCAGGCCAUCACUUCUCCGACAGCUGUAGGCUCAGAGCCCUGUCCUACGCUUCCCAAGAAACCGUCGUACCCCUCGCUCCCUUCCGCUAAAGAUCGCAGGAGAGAGAGCAUGCCCGUGCCCAAACCAGCGAAGAAGAAGCCACACGUAAUGAGAGAGGCUCUGCCGAUGGUCGGAGAGGAAGUGGAGCUGGAAGGGCAUUACGGGGUCGCUUACGAGCUGCUGGACGACGACAGCUCCUCCUCAGCGGAAGAGGAAGAAGGGGGUCAGCUGGUCAUCGACGAUUCCUUCAACCAGUACAGAAAGAAGAGCAAAAAGAGCAAGAAAAGCAAAAAGAAGAAGGACAAGGAGAAAGAGCGGCGUCACAGCAGCAAAUCCAACGGCAGCUCGGACGCAGGGUUAUACGCAGCGGGACGGUCAGGGUCACACAGUGACAAGAAGAGAAAGAAAGAGGAGAAGGCCAGAUUAAAGGCUGAGAAGGCAAAGAAGAAGGUCCUCACAGCGUAUCAGAUCUUUUCUAAAGAGUACAGGUUGAGCAUCCUGGAGGAACAGCCAGGUCUCGAUUUUGGAGACUUGAGUAAGAAGUUGGCAGAUGCUUGGAAGCAGCUACCGGAGGGAGACAAACAGGUGUGGAGGGAGAGGGCGGAGUAUCUGCAGCACAAGCAGAUGAAGUACGAGUCCACUACAAGCAAACACAGUAAACACAGCCAGCCCAAACCUGCCAAAGACACCAGCAAAACUAAAGGUGUUGCUCAGUUCCCAGGUGUGGUUACUCCGACCCCAGCAGCAACGCAGCCGAAAAGGCCGGAGCCUGCCGUGACUCUGCCCCAGAACGGACCGUCUCCUGUAGCUGAACCCUCGCCUUCCCCGCUCAGAGAUCCUGAGGUCGACCCAAUAGAUGCUGCUGCCCACCUGCAGCUCCUGGGCGAGUCGCUGUCCCUGAUUGGCCGGAGGCUACAGGAGACUGAGGGGAUGGUGACAGUAUCAGGCUCGCUCUCUGUACUGUUGGACUCUGUGCUGUGUGCUCUUGGCCCUCUGGCGUGUCUCACUGCUCAGGUGCCAGAACUUAACGGCUGCCCUGCUCACAUACUGUCAAACACUCUGGAUAACAUAGCCUACGUCAUGCCUGGACUCUGAAAGUGAAACUACCUUUCUACGACAGACUCCGUCUUCUCCCUCUGGAAGACGAGGCCUCGCUGGUAGCUCCUCACCCUUGGACCUUUGUCAACCCUGACAGUACUCCUUUUUCUCAUCAUGAGAAGGACUUGAAUUGCACAUUUUUGCACUGGACAGACCACAAACUACAUCUCCUUUUAACCCGCUUCUUAAUCUUUUUAUCCUGUCUACUCUCCAUUUUGUAUUUUUGUCGUUAUGUUUUGUCAUUCUUUCAAUUAAAAAAAGCAUUUUAGUGAGCCCUUUUAA